CACAGCGGUUGGGCAAAGCACUGAGCAAUUAUUUUAGGUAGGAGCCUCUUCCAGGAGGCCAGGCUAGAGACACUGCUUUCACCAUCACCGCCCGAGCGGACGUUUCCUGAAGAGCGCUAGCCAUGGCGGGCAUGGGCCUUUCGACGGGCACUGCCCGGUGCUACGACUGGUACAUGGAUUACCUGAAGUGCAUGGAUGAGCGCAAGGAGCCAAUGAUUGCGCUACGCCGCGAGCACUGCCUGGAGUGGCUGGAGGACUACAACGAGUGCCUGCACCGUGAGAAGGAGCGGACGCGGCGGCAGGUCAUUGAGCGGGAGCGGCGUGCACAGCUCGCGGGUGGCAGCAAACCCGCAGGAGGGGGUCACUGAGCACGGGCGUUGGCGCGGCCGCUGGCGCAGUCUAUCAGCUUGGCGGACGAGGAGGCUAUGCCAGCUGCAUGGAGCUGGAGCUUUUCACUUGGCUUAUACGGGGCGGUAGGGUAUGUGGGCGGGGCAGAAGUCAAGGUGUGCAGUUUGUGAACUGGUGAUGUCAGUUAGCGUGGUGACGGACGGGUGAGGUGGGGCGUCGCAGGAGCACGGAGGCCGGAGGGCGCUCAGCUCCGACAUGCACAUGUAGACAUGAUGACUCUUAGAUUGACAAUACAUGCCUUUAUGGCGAUAAUUCUUGAGGGCAGAAAACCUGUCCAUGGCGCUGUGCCAGCCUGGAAGCAAGGGUGUAAGGUUGUGGCACAUGGUUUGCUGGUACCAAUGCUGCGUGUUGCGUCAAGCAGUGCUGUCUGACGCAGCUCUGCCGUGUGGUGGGCUUGAUUUUGUUGGGUCACGCGUUUGCGUGUGCGGUUAGGGGCAGCAGGGCGCCCAUGGGGUCAGCCUUUUGCGCCGCCAGGUGCAGGCGGCUCAGUGGAAGGAGCGUGCUGGUGGUCCUGCAGCCAACAGCGUAGAAGCGUGUGGGCAGAGCGUGGCGUAGACAGCGCGCCGUCUAUCAAGUCAGCGUCGAUUUGCCUUGGGACGAGGACUGCCCUGUGCGUGAGUAGCCGGCGGUCCAGGGCGGUCAGAAAACGUGGAGACGUGGUGGAGACACCACUAACUGUCAAAGCCCGUCACGCGGUCAUGAUGAACACACCGUGCCAGUAGCGUACCGAUUGUCCGAUUCUAGU